AUGGCUUCAACAGGUUAUGGGCCCAGCAGAGAAUCACGCUGGUCAAGGUUGACUUUCGAUGGAAACGAAAGCAAUUACGAACUGUGGGAAGCGAAAUUCCUCGCGCACAUGAGGUUAUUAAAACUAAAGGAUACUAUCCUGCAGUCAGAAGAAGAGGCUGACGCAACAAAGAACGAAGAAUGCUACGCCGAGCUUAUACAGUGUUUGGAUGACACCAGUCUGUCAUUGGUAAUGAGGGAUGCUACCGACGAUGGCCGAAAGGCUUUACAAAUACUCCGAGAUCAUUAUGCAAAUCAAGGCAAACCAAGAAUCAUCACACUCUACACUGAGCUAACGUCACUUGAAAAAGCACUUCACGAGACAGUCACGGAUUACUUAAUAAGAGCCGAGAAGGCAAUAACAGCGCUUAAGAACGCCAAAGAAACGUUAAGCGAUGGGCUAAUAAUUGCUAUGACCUUAAAGGGGCUGCCUGAUUCAUAUAAACCAUUCUCGAUACAUGUGACCCAAAGUGCAAGUGAGAUAACGUUCGCGAAGUUUAAGAGCAGGUUGAGGAGCUUCGAAGAAACGGAAAAGCUCAACACCAAACCGAAAGUUGAUCAGGUAAUGAAAGCUGAGUUUCCUUCGCAAACAAUGACAUGUUAUGGCUGCGGGAAAAGAGGGCAUUUAGUCAGAGAGUGCCCUGCUAAGAGCGAGAAGAAGUGGUGUAACUAUCACAAAAGUACAACACACUCGGAUAGCACCUGCAGAAGUCAGCAAAAGAGCAAAGACCAAGCCAAACAGGUGUCGGAGAAAGAAAACGCCUCUAAAGAUGAACAUUCAUUUGCAUUCAAAGUUAACGACGAAGCAACGGGGAAAAUCAAUCGAAUGGGAAUGUUGGUUGACACAGGUGCCACUUCUCACAUUGUUACUACUGAUAUUUUAAAGCAAAUAGACAUGACAUUUAAACCAUCAAAACAUUACAUUGAACUGGCUGAUGGCACACGAGCCAGUAAUAUUGCAUUGAAACGAGGGGAUGCUGAAGUGUUUCUGAAAGAUACAAAUGGAAAAUGUGUGAAAACGGUGCUGAAAAACGCCUUAUAUAUACCAUCCUAUCCUCAAGAUAUUUUCUCAGUGAAGGCAGCCACAUCAAAUGGAGCCGAGCUUCGAUUUGCCCAAGAUACUGGUGAGCUAACCCUUGAAGAUGGUACCAUUGUUGAAAUUGAAGAACAUGGACGGUUGUACUAUUUGACUUCCAUAGGCAGUCAUGAGAACGAUAGC